GACGACCGUAUUAUUUAAUGGUUUUUAUUAGCGAGCCCGUUCCAACGUUCAACGUUCAAGCCGAUGAUGGAGUCAUCGCGGGAGGAAACACCCCGUGCCACCGGACCCGGUCACGUCCAGGUUCAACAGCAGCAGCAGCAACAUUACAGCAUCCGCAAUGUACAUUCGAUUGUGGCCGGCGUUCAACAGCAGCAGCACUAUAGCCAUCCCGGUGCGUCGGUGAUUGUGCAAAAUGCAGCCGUUCUCGGAGGUGGCAACAGCAAUGCCGCUUUAAUUACCAUGAACAACAGCCCGCAACAAUCAGUGACGGAUGCCAGCUCGCUACAGUUGUCGGUGACGGCAUCCGGCUCCCUCAUUCCGGCGCCAGCGUCCAGCAUCAACAGCGCCGGCUCCAGUUCGCCAACCGGUAGCAACGGCAACGGCAACGCGACCGGCCUCAGCAACGCGGCGGCCGUCGCCACCUGGUGCGCCAUCUGCGGAGACAGAGCCACCGGUAAACAUUACGGAGCCGCUUCUUGCGAUGGAUGCAAAGGUUUCUUCCGCCGGUCGGUUCGCAAAAAUCACGUUUACACCUGCCGGUUCAAUCGGCACUGUGUGGUAGACAAGGAUAAGCGAAAUCAAUGCCGUUAUUGCCGGUUGGGAAAAUGCUUCAAAGCUGGCAUGAAGAAAGAAGCCGUACAAAACGAAAGAGAUCGAAUUAGCAGUCGUCGGCCGAGCUAUGAAGAGCCCAUUUCUGCCAACGGGUUGACAAUCAAUGUGUUGAUUAAUGCUGAAACCAUGAGCCGACAGCUCUCAGCCGUCAACGAUUACGAUUUGAACAGCAAAAGGAUGGCAACCAUCAACGAUGUCUGUGAAUCGAUGAAGCAGCAGUUACUCUUCUUGGUUGAAUGGGCAAAGUACAUCCCUGUUUUCAGUGAGUUGCCGCUUGACGAUCAGGUGGCGUUGCUAAGAGCCCACGCAGCAGAAAAUCUAGUGCUCGGUGUUGCUCGGAGAUCUAUGCAUUUACGAGAUAUUCUCUUGUUGGGCAAUGAUUCGAUCAUGCCAAGGCAAACAGCUGGACACGGAGGUAAAUUUCUCUUUACAUGUAUCUACAAAGUGUUUACUUUAAAAGAAGAAUUUCUUUUUCUCAAAGCAGAAGUUGAAAUUUACCAUAUUGGCAUCCGCAUCAUGGAUGAAAUUGUCAAACCUCUACGGGACAUACAGAUGGACGACACAGAGUACACCUGCCUAAAAGCCAUCGUCUUCUUCGAUCCUAAUGCAAAAGGUCUGGGAGAGCCGGUCAGGGUCAAAGCCAUUCGCUACCAGAUACAGCAGUUGCUGGAAGAUUACGUGGCUGAUCGCCAGUAUGCAAGUCGAGGACGAUUCGGCGAGUUGCUGUUAGCAUUGCCACCACUUCAGUCAGUUGCUUGGCAAAUGAUUGAACAAAUUCAACAGGCCAGAUACUUUGGAGUAACGCGCAUAGAUUCUUUGCUGCAAGAAAUGCUUUUAGGAGGAGCCUCACUCGAGUCGGUCAAUAACGCAAAUAGUUCUGGACCUCCAUCCGGAUACAAUCCGCCAGUAGCAAUACCGACUGCGUUGACAGCGAUGGCUCCUUUAUCUGCUGAUUCCUCUCCGACACACUCAGGUGGGCCGUCCCUCACUACGCUUCCUCUUCUUAAUGGUCAAAAUGGAUUAGGACACCAAGCAAUGUUGUUGGAUCGAGGGCCAUCGAUGACUAUGUCCCCUGAUUCGGAAGAGGAUACGUUUACCUUAAGUUUGUCAAGUCACCACCACCAGCCUUUCAAGCAAGAGGUGACAGACGGGAUCGACAAUGCUUAUACAUAGUGGGUUUCUACUGGUCCCCAACUUUACAAGAAAAGAAAAGAAGGAAAAAAAAAAAAAAAAGGAAAAAAAAAGGGUUUUGUUUGUUAAAUUAAAAGUUUAAGAGAUAAUCUAUUCAAUUGACAUUUGCGCGGCAAAAUACUUUCAAAGGAUGAGUAGCAGUUAUUUUAACAGGGACUCAACAUAUCCAUUUUUUGCUACCACCAGGGAUUCUUUUCCAAUGUGUCCUUUUUUCUACCUUUAACGAGUUCAUUGCUUUCGA